UCAAGCACUGUAAAUGCAUUCAGAACAAUGGAAAUGACAUCCUCCCGCUUUUUCUCGUCAUGUCCUCAUAAGUACGAAAACCCGACAUAUUUGUGUCUCACACACGAAGUCAUACACGCAGAAAAAAUUUCCCGCCAUUGGGCUUUCAGACACAAACGCGGGAAAAGAACACACAAAUUUAGCGGACUUCAUUGGCGGAGUACUUCCUUGACGUAUUGGUCACCGAUUGGCUGUUCUCAACGUCAGUCAAACGUCAAUCAACGAGGUUCUCCGCAGUGAUUGGAGGAAUGCCUUUGGCGUCAACCCGGAAGCUCCAGAGGGGAGCGCUGUCAGUGAUUGGCUGGUGAGUGGACACUUUUUGAGCACAUGUAAUGUCCCUUCAAUGGAGGAGCAAAGAUGGCUGAGAAGAGAAGCAGGAGGAGAAAGAGUCCAGAACAAGAUGCUGUGGAACAUAUAAUUGAGGAAAAAGAUAAAACAUUCAUUGAGGAAAGAUUUAUCAACCACUAUAAAGGGAGAGGUGUAUUUGCAAGAGAGUACAUUGAACCCAAAAGUUUUGUGGUGGAGUACCGAGGAGUUCUGUCUCUGAGUAAAGGUGCAGAUGACAAAAGCAACAAAUAUGCAUUUGAUUUCAUAUGGAAUGGAAAGCAAUAUUGCAUAAAUGCUUCAAAAGAAGACCAAACACUGGGACGACUAGUGAAUGAUGAUCAUGUUCAUCCAAACUGCAAAGUCAAAAGAAUCAUGGUUCGAGGGAGACCACACUUGUGUCUGUUCGCUAUCAAAGACAUCUUUCCAGGAGAAGAAAUAACUUAUAACUAUGGUGAUUCCUCUUGGCCAUGGCGCUCACUGGCACCUUGUGAAGAGCAAAGUGACCUGAAGGUCCACGAACGUGAGCCACCAUCAGAAAAGGAAGCCUUGGGUAAGAGUGAGGCUGAGAGGACAGGAGUCAGUCUUGGUCUUGUUUCAUCCCAUGAUGAACCAGCACCUUGUGAAGAGCAAAGUGAUCUGAAGAUUCACAAAAGUGAGCCAGCAUCAGAAAAGGAAGCCUUGGGUGGGAGUGAGGCCAAGAGGAGAGGAGUCAGUCCCGGUCUUGUUGAAUCAAAUGAUGAUACGGAAUCUGUGGCCGGCAUUGAGGCAGAGAUGACAGGAGUCAGUCCUGGUGUUGGAUCAUUCAAGGAUAAUACAUGCCACCAUAGAAUGUUUGGUGCAGUUCUCAGUGCUUUGGAAAAUUGUGAAGACUGCACUGGGCCUGUCUCCAGUUUAAAAUGGCUUGGUGUGACAUGCAAAUUAUGUUCAAGAUCAUGGCAUAAAUCCUGUUUUUUGAAGAAGAAUUCAUCACUGGAUGCUACUAAGUCUUGGGAUCAUGUUUCUGACUCUGAAAUCAGUGAUUCAGGUUCAGACGAUGUCUACCUUCCAUCAAGAAGCUCUGAUGGAUCCAGCUCUGAUUUUCCUACUGACACUGAACAUAAUGAGGAUGCACAAUCGGUAAUCUUGCCAUAUCUUGGACAAGUUAAACCACUUCCUUCUGAAGGAAAAACAAAGAGAGUUCCACUGUUGGAACAGAAGGCCUCCAAAUCUGACUGCAUCAAUGACCAACCCUGUUCUGAUAAUGGAGUGACUCAUCGUGAUAACUGGAUUAUUUCAACAAAUACGGCCGAGCAGCCUCCCACCCCGGCCGAGCAGCCUCCCACCCCGGCCGAGCAGCCUCCCACCCCGGCUGAGCCUCUUCCUAGCAUAUCAACUCAACAAAUCUCUUCUUGCACUUUAAAGAAUUACUGCUAUGUUUGCAAAAAAGCCCAAUCCAAAAUUUCUCGGCACUUUAAAAAGCAUGAGAAAGAAGAUUUGGACAUUGCCCGAGCAUUGUCAUUACCCAAGAACUCAAAAGAGAGAAAAAUGUUAUUGGAUAAGUUGCGGAACAAAGGAAAUUAUGAGCAUAAUCAGGAGGUAAUAAAUAGCCAUAGUGGAUCACUGAAAGUCAGAAGAAGAGCUGGAUCAUCAAAAGUCUCUGAGAACUCCAAAAGGUAUGUCCAUUGUACAUAUUGCAAAGGUAUGUUUCUUCGCAAAGAGCUGUGGCGCCACACAAAAAGGUGUCCAUUAAAGAAAAAAACUGAGGACCAUCAAAGGAGCAAAGUCUUAUCUCUGGCUGAUAUGGCGGAGUCAACCAGCUGUCACACCAUUUCCACUGGCGUGUGGAAGGUGCUCGGAAAGAUGAGGCAAGACGACAUAGGAUCUGUAGUGCGCAAUGAUUUCAUCAUAUUGCAACUGGCCCAGUCGCUGUACAACAAGCAUGGGAAUGAUCCCACAAAAUUUGAGUACAUUAGGACAAAGGUUCGGGAAAUGGGUAGACUUUUAUUGACUCUAAGAGUGAUGUAUUCUAUUCAAAGCUUUGAAGAUGGUGUAAAACCAAACAACUUCUACAAAAUUGUUAAUGCUGUGAAAAGAGUUUCAGGAUAUGAUGAAGAGAAAAACUCGUAUUCCACACCAAGUCUUGCCCUGAAGUUGGGGCACUCGUUGAAAAAAAUUGGGGACAUUAUUCUUUGCAGAGCUAUAGCAGCAGAGGAUGAACAUUUGAUAAAAGCAACUGAACGAUUCAUCAGACUCUGCUCAAAAGAAUGGGCCGGAUAUGUCUCUCACACUGCACUGGCUACUUUGAGAAAGUCAAGGUUCAAUCAACCAUCCAUCAUACCAUUCACAGAGGAUGUGCAAAAGUUACAUAAAUACCUGGAGGAGAACUCGGCUAUUGCCAUACACAACUUAAAAAAACAUGAGUCUCCUCAGGCAUAUGGAGAACUUGCAAGGUUGACACUUUCACAAAUAAUACUCUUUAAUAGACGCCGUGCAGGUGAAGUUUCAAAAAUGUCUCUGGAAUCCUUCAAGAAAAGAGACCAAACUGAGCUUCAUGGUGAUGUAGCUGCCAGUCUGUCACUUUUUGAACAGAAGCUAGCAAGGCACUUUAGCAGAGUGGAAAUUAUGGGUAAAAGAGGCAGGAAAGUGGCAGUUUUGUUGAACCCUGAGGUUGUUUGUGCGACAACACUUCUCGUAGAGAAAAGACAGAUGUGCAAUGUGCACAAGGACAACCCUUUCCUAUUUGGAAGGCCAGAAUGCCCCUUCACAAGCCACUACAGAGGACAGGAUUGUGUUAGAACAUUUGCACGCUUGUGUGGCGCAAAGAAUCCACAGUAUCUGAGGUCUACACAACUUCGAAAGCACAUUGCGACCCAAUCCCAAAUCUUGAACCUUAAGAACAACGAACUGGAUCAACUGGCUAACUUUUUGGGCCAUGAUAUUAGAGUUCACAGAGACUUUUACCGUCUGCCAGAAGCCACGAUUGAAGUGGCAAAAAUCACGAAGAUUCUGCUUGCUAUGGAGAAAGGAACGUUGGCACAGUUCAAGGGGAAGUCUCUUGAUGAGAUUGAGAUUGAAGAUAAAUUGGAUCCAGAAAUGUAUGGUGAGUUGGAUGAUGGAGACGACAAAGUGGAUGAGGAUGAUGAAAGCAGCAGUGACGAUGAACACAACGAAGGUGAAAGAGGGAGAGACGAAGAAAAUGGUGGAGACGAAGACGGAGGCACAGGGAGAGACGAAGAAAAUGGUGGAGACGAAGACGGAGGCACAGGGAGAGACGAAGAAAAUGGUGGAGACGAAGACGGAGGCACAGGGAGAGACGAAGAAAAUGGUGGAGCCGAAGACGGAGGCAGAGGUUGUCCCCUUGGACUAAUUGAAAACGAAAGAAUGGAGAUCGACGAAGAGCAAAACAGUUCCUCUGGAAAACGAAAAACAACUAUAUUGACUGAGGAUUUGGUCAAGACUUCCAAAGGACAGAAGAAAAAGUGUGUCGUCAGCAGUUCCAGAGAGAUCAAACGCAGAAAAUAUGUGAAGAGGCCAUGGAGCAACGCCGAAAUCAGCGCUGUCAUGAAAUUCUUCAAAACCCACAUCGAAAAAGGGAAAUUGGCAAGUAAGAUUGAGUGUGAACAAUGCAAACUAGCUGAGGACCCGAUUUUGAAGAAUAGAACCCUUCAAAAUAUUAGGGAUUUUGUGAGGAACCGUGGCCUUAAGUUAAAAAAAUAGGUUCUAAUUAAGUAUUUAUGUUAACUUUUAUUAGUGCAAUAUUUGGUUUACAUUUUAUUUGAUUUUUUGCAGAAAAAUGACUUUUUUUUUUUUUUUUUUUGUGUGUGUGUGAAAGGCAAGUUCAGGUUGUCCUUAUUUUUUUUUUCUUGCACAUUGUUUUAAGUUAUGAUAAAAGUAUUAGAAUUGAUUCAUGGCCAAGUGGGCAUUUUUAUAGACAGGAGUUAAGGGGUUACUUGAACAGUUUUUUCAAAAGUUGUUAAUGUUUGUUGAACAAUUAAGCACUUUCUAAUAAGGUUGUACUGUAGCGUUGUUAGAUUAAAUAGGUUCUAAUUAAGUAUUUGUUAACUUUCAUUAGUGCAAUAUUUGGUUUACAUUUUAUUUGAAGAUUUUUUGCAGAAAAAUGACUUUUUUUGUGAAAGGCAAGUUCAGGUUGUUGUCCUUAUUUUUUUUCUUGCACAUUGUUUUAAGUUAUGAUAAAAGUAUUAGAAUUUAUUCAUGGCCAAGUGGGCAUUUUUAUGGACAGGAGUUAAGGGGUUAUUUGAACAGUUUUUUCAAAAGUUGUUAAUGUUUUUUGAACAAUAAAGCACUUUCUAAUAAGGUUGUACUGUAGCGUUGUUAGGUUAAAUAGGUUCUAAUUAAGUAUUUAUGUUAACUUUUAUUAGUGCAAUAUUUGGUUUACAUUUUAUUUGAAGAUUUUUUGCAGAAAAAUGACUUUUUUUGUGAAAGGCAAGUUCAGGUUGUUGUCCUUAUAUUUUUUCUUGCACAUUGUUUUAAGUUAUGAUAAAAGUAUUAAAAUUUAUUCAUGGCCAAGUGGGCAUUUUUAUAGACAGGAGUUAAGGGGUUAUUUGAUCAGUUUUUUCAAAAGUUGUUAAUGUUUGUUGAACAAUAAAGCACUUUCUAAUAAGGUUGUACUGUAGCGUUGUUGUACAAUUAUUUCUGUGAGCAUUCCUUACUGUAAUCAGUUUCACAGUCAUCAAAAUCAGGGAUUGUCACAUCUUUUUCAAGGUCUUUUUAAUCCGGAACACUUUGUGUAGCUGUUUGAAGUCUAGCUGUUUUGGCUCUGCUGUGCAUCCUGCUUGAGUGGAGGGCUGUAAACAUUCUAUGGGCAAGGUGAGUGAGGUUCUUCAGAAUA